UGGUUGGAAAUUGUCGCUCCACUAUCAUUCUGUGACUACUGUGACGAUGAUAUUCUUUCAAGUGGUCUAGGCCGUAUAAUUGAACUAAUGUGUCUUUCAACGAAUGGUACGAUUCAUCAUGAAAUUACAGAGAAGAACAUGCGCCGGAGUUCAAGGAAUGUCUUUGCAACCAAGUCUUCUGAGGUGGAUAAAGAGGAGAUAAGAAAAGAGGAUCAGCUUAACACUCUAUCUGAAGAUACGACGCAAAGAACCACGGUUGAUGACUCUCCGAAAAGAUUUCAUUUCGUUGGAACCGGCGACGAUAUCGGAGAAAUAAUGGCGUCACCAAAGAAUUGUCCUAAAUCUCCGACGAAAGCUUCACCCUCUGUGAAAUGCAGUAGUGAUGGUUGGUGGUACCGCCGAAAGAGACCACGUAUCUAUCCAACGGUCGUUGUUGCCGAGUUUAUUGAGAAACGCGAUGUGGAAAAGGACUGCAAUGAAGACGUGAACGUCUAUCGCCUCCCAAAAACGUUAACAAUUCGGAAUGUGAGUUUGAUCUCUUCACUUCAUGAGUAUACUAUUCUUGAGAUGACUAUGACAUGUGAUUAG